AGAAUGCCCGUGAAAAUAAUAAGAUCAAGAGGCGAAAUGGGGUGACAGGAGAAAGGAGGAGGAGGAGGAGGUCAAGGUUCACAAUUUAUUGUUUUCCUCCUGAUACUUUUCUUGGUUAUGGUUCUCUGAAGUUGGAUUCUUUUGAAUUUUUGAAAAGAAAAAACACUCAGAAAGUGAAAUUUAAUAAAGGAGAAUCAAACCAAUUCCAACACCAUUAAAGAAAGACAAGGUUCGAUCAACCAUAUAAAGCAUAUCUUCAUCUAUAAGAAUCUGACAGCUGAAAACAUUCUACACUAAAAGAAAAGAAGCCCUUAGAGACAAAAGUUAAUUAGAACCAAUAUGGGACGCAUGAAGUCUAAUGCCAAAGCACAUCCAGCUGAGAUACCAGCUAAAGGAUACUCACCCCAACAAGGUAAAAUAGAUUCAGUGCUUAAAAGGAUGAACAAGCUUAAGAAAAAAGCAAAGAACUUUGCUCAUGGGGUCCUCGAGCAUGUAAGAUUGGGGCACAAAUUCACUGAAACUGUGAGAUGGAAGUUGAGGCUGGGGGCUAAAAUUCUUCAAGUAGGUGGAUUUGAGAAAGUAUUCAAGGAGUUAUUUAGUGUUUCAGAAGGAGAGAAACUAUUGAAGGCUUUCCAAUGCUUUUUAUCAACUACAGCAGGUCCAGUAGCUGGGCUCCUCUUUAUCUCCACCAAAAAGGUUUCUUUUUGCAGUGAGAGAUCUAUCAAAGUCUCCUCUCCAAAUGGAGAAAUGGUUAGAUUCCACUAUAAGGUAUUAAUCCCACUGAAGAAGAUAAUGAGAGUUGACCUGAGUGAGAAUGUAAGGAAGCCAUCGGCAAAGUACAUAGAAGUAACAACUUGGGAUAAUUUUGACUUCUGGUUUAUGGGUUUCUUAAACUAUCAGAAAUCUUAUAAAUAUCUUGAGCUGGCAGUUUCUCAAGCCGGGGAGAAUUGAAAGGCAUUAGUCAGAACUGUCUCUUCUAAGCACGAAUACUAAUGACUGUUUUGUUUUUUCAAUGAAGUUUUUGGAAUAGGAAUCAUUGUCUCAUUAAUAAAGAAAUAACAUAUCCAACCACACCAUAAUAUAUUUAUGAUGGGUUUCCGACCUGUUUUAUAUAA